AUGGAGCUGCUCAAGCUGAACCGCAGCUUGCAGGGACCGGGACCCGGGUCGGGGUCUUCUUUCUGCCACCCGGGUGUCUCCCUCCUCAACAGCAGUAGUGCUGGAAACCUCAGCUGUGAGCCCCCUCGUCUACGCGGAACCGGGACCAGAGAAUUGGAGUUGGCCAUUAGAAUCACCCUUUAUGCGGUGAUCUUUCUGAUGAGUGUUGGCGGAAACGUGCUCAUCAUUGUGGUCCUGGGACUGAGCCGACGCCUAAGAACGGUCACCAACGCCUUCCUGCUCUCCCUGGCAGUCAGCGACCUCCUGCUGGCUGUCGCUUGCAUGCCCUUCACACUACUGCCCAACCUCAUGGGCACCUUCAUCUUCGGCACAGUCAUCUGCAAGGCCGUUUCCUACCUCAUGGGGGUAUCAGUGAGUGUGUCCACUCUAAAUCUGGUGGCCAUCGCCCUGGAGCGAUACAGCGCCAUCUGCCGACCACUGCAAGCACGAGUGUGGCAGACCCGUUCCCAUGCAGCUCGGGUGAUCUUAGCCACGUGGCUGCUGUCUGGACUGCUUAUGGUACCAUACCCUGUGUACACCGUGGUACAGCCAGUGGGACCUCGAGUCCUGCAGUGCGUGCAUCGCUGGCCCAGUGCACGUGUCCGACAAACCUGGUCCGUGCUACUGCUAAUGCUUUUGUUCUUCAUCCCGGGUGUGGUAAUGGCGGUGGCCUAUGGACUCAUCUCCCGCGAACUCUACCUAGGGCUCCGCUUUGAUGGUGACAGUGACAGCGAGACCCAAAGCCGGGUCCGAAACCAAGGGGGCCUGCCGGGUGGGGCAGCACCAGGGCCUGUCCACCAGAACGGGGCUUGCCGACAAGUGACCAACCUGGCUGGGGAAGACAGUGAUGGCUGCUAUGUGCAACUUCCGCGUUCCCGACUGGAGAUGACAACGCUGACCACGCCUACUCCUGGGCCAGGCCCUGGCCCUAGGCCCAACCAGGCCAAGCUGCUGGCUAAGAAGCGAGUGGUGCGAAUGCUGCUGGUGAUUGUUUUGCUUUUUUUCCUGUGUUGGCUGCCAGUGUACAGCGCCAACACGUGGCGCGCCUUCGAUGGCCCCGGCGCGCACCGAGCUCUCUCAGGAGCCCCUAUCUCUUUCAUCCACUUGCUGAGCUAUGCCUCUGCUUGUGUCAACCCCCUGGUCUACUGUUUCAUGCACCGCCGCUUCCGCCAGGCCUGCCUGGACACAUGUGCUCGCUGCUGCCCACGCCCUCCACGAGCUCGCCCACGGCCUCUUCCAGAUGAGGACCCUCCUACUCCCUCCAUCGCUUCUCUGUCCAGGCUAAGCUAUACCACCAUCAGCACACUGGGUCCUGGCUGA